ACCUGUGCAAGCCCCUCACUGACUCAUUCACCCAUGGGAGAUUGAAGUGACAGAAUAAAUCUACAGAGACAAGGCUCAGGAUAAUAUUUCAGAGAGCUGAGAGCAAAUAGACAGAAACACAUAGACAGACAGAGCUAUAACUGAGUGAGACCACAGAGAGACUGGCCAAUAUCUGCAGAUAUACAGCACAUCCACAAUCACCAAAAGUUGGAGUCAUUGUCAUGUUGGUGGUGUUAUUGAUCCUGCACGCUGUCUUGUGUGCCCAUUCUCACGGGCUGCCAGGUGCUGCUGUACCAGUUAAACAGUGCCCGUCCGCAUGCCACUGCGAAGAGGAUGGCAUCCUUCUCCUCGUGGACUGCUCCGAACAAGGACUAUCUGCUGUGCCUAGUGACCUAAAUCCUUUGACAUCCUACCUGGAUCUCAGCAUGAACAACAUCAGUGAGAUUCAGCCCAAUGCCUUCCGCAACUUGCACUUCCUCAGUGAACUGAGGCUCUCGGGCAACCACCUGAGACACAUCCCUGGCCCUGUACUCCAAGGCCUCUACAACCUCAAAGUCCUGAUGUUGCAGAAUAACCAGUUGGAGAGAUUGCCCAGUGAAGACCCAUGGGAAUUACCCAAUUUGCUCUCUCUACGCCUGGAUGCCAACCUGAUCAUGGAGGUUCCGGCAAGGACCUUCUCAGGUAUGCUGUCCCUGCGCCACCUGUGGCUAGAUGACAAUGCCCUGAAAGAGAUCCCAGUGAGCGCGCUCAAUGACCUCUCUUCGCUACAGGCCAUGACUCUCGCCCUUAACCGCAUCACCCACAUCCCAGACUAUGCUUUCAGAAACCUCUCAAACCUGGUUGUGCUGCAUCUUCAUAACAACAUGAUCUGGACUCUCGGACAGAACUGUUUUGAGGGACUACACAGCCUCGAGACCCUGGAACUGAAUUUCAAUGACCUUCAAGAGUUCCCUGUGGCCAUACACACACUGGCCAAGCUUCAGGAAUUGGGUUUCCACAACAACAACAUCAAGGCCAUCCCUGAGAGAGCAUUUGUGGGGAACCCACUUCUGCAGACCAUUCAUUUCUACGAGAAUCCCAUUCAGUUUGUUGGCGGAUCAGCAUUUCAGUUCUUGCCAAAACUACACACACUCUCUUUGAACGGGGCCACUGAGAUCCGAGAGUUUCCAGAUUUGAAAGGAACCACCAGCCUGCAAGUUCUCACGCUGACCCGAGCUAGACUGACUGGCCUGCCAUAUGAUCUGUGCCACCUGCUGCCUAAAUUAAGAGUGCUGGAGCUGUCUCAUAAUCUAAUCAAAGAGCUGCCAAGCUUCUACCACUGUGCCUCCCUUCAAGAGAUAGGCCUGCAGCACAAUCUGAUCAGACAGAUUGAGAUGAGCACAUUCCAACAACUCAACUCCCUGCGCUCACUGGAUCUGAGCUGGAACAGGAUUGAAGCUAUCCACCCUGACGCCUUUUCCUCUCUUCAGUCUCUUGUUAAACUAGACCUGACCGGGAACCGUUUGAACACUUUCCCACUAGUUGGCUUGACCAGUCUUACUCAUCUUAAACUGAAAGGCAACCCAGCUGUCUCCCGUUCCUUUAGAGAAGAGGACUUCCCCAACAUAAGGGUAAUUGAGAUGCCAUAUGCCUAUCAGUGCUGUGUGUUUGGAGCCUGUAACAGCUACAAAGCAGCCAGCCAGUGGGAAGGGCAGAUGGGGAGCGAAGAGGAAGAUCUUCAGAAGAAAGCCCUAUCCCUGUUCCCCAUUCACACUGAUAACAACUAUGACCAUGACUUGGAAGAAUUCCAGUUAGCUAUUGAGGAGUCCAAGCUACAAACCAGUAUCCAGUGUACCCCUAUCCCAGGUCCAUUUAAGCCCUGUGAUAACCUGUUCGACAGUUGGGUGGUACGCAUUGGGAUGUGGCUCAUUCCUUUAGUCUCGCUGAUGGGAAACACCCUUCUUCUCGUAACAGUCUUUGCCUCCCCCAGCUAUCUCUCGCCUGUCAAGUUCAUCAUCGGCACCAUCAGUGGUGCCAACCUGCUGACAGGCCUGUGCACUGGCACCUUGGCUCUGGUUGACGCCCGGACAUUUGGAGAGUUUGCCCUGCAUGGUGCACAAUGGGAAAUGGGUGCUGGUUGCCAGGCAACAGGCUUUAUUUCUGUGCUGGCCUCGGAAGGAUCCAUACUAUUCCUCACCUUAGCAGCAGUGCAGUGCAGUGUGUCCGUGUCCUGUGCUCGGACCUACGGAAAGUCACCCUCUCUGGGAAGUGUGCAAGCUGCUGCAGUGGCAUGUUUGGCACUCUCAUUAGUGGUCGCUGCUUUGCCACUAAUAGGUGUUGGGGAGUAUGGGACAACUCCACUCUGUAUUCCUUCACCACUGCCAGAUGGGGAACCUUCCACAUUGGGAUUCAUGGUAGCCCUGAUAAUGAUGAACUCCCUCUGUUUCCUGGUGAUCACCGGAACCUACAUCAAGUUGUACUGGGAUCUGAUGAAGGGCGACUUCGACAGCAUUUGGGAUUGUGCUAUGAUCAAGCACGUGGCUUGGCUCAUCUUCACCAACUGCCUGCUCUACUGCCCAGUGGCCUUCCUCACUUUCUCCUCCCUUCUGGGACUCUUUCAUGUGAGUGAGGAGGUGGUCAAAUCAGUCGUCUUAGUGCUUCUGCCUCUGCCUGCUAGCAUCAACCCCUUGCUCUACCUCCUGUUCAAUCCACACUUCCGCGAAGACGUACGUCUACUCUUGAGCAGAGCUCACCUACCCCAUGACUGCAACCUGGAUUCCUUUGUCUCCGUUGAUACUGAGAAAAGCUCAUAUGACUCCACCCAAGCCCUUGUGUCCUUUGCCACCGAAGCAGACGCAGUGUUUGAGGGUUCGUCAGUAUCAGCGCCAGAGAAAGUUGCCCUGUUUUCAUGUCCCCCCUCAGUUCCUCUCAUCACAUGCCAGCUUCAGAUUAAACCCUCAACAGAGAGGGAGAACGUUGGAGAGAACAUGGUCAUGUCAACACCAGGACUCAAUGUGAAAGAGAAGGAACAUCUGAGGAUUAGUGGGCUAAACACUCAUAAUGAAACCUCUUCCUCUGGAGUCUACCACUCACCUCUUCACUCAUCUCAUUCUUGAAUCAUCUCCUAUGAUCUGCAGUUUUCAAGGACCUGUCUGAGUGUGAAAAAUCUUGAGCCCACGUAUGAACUGACCCCUAAAACUAUCAGAGCUAUUGAACAAUGUACUGACUCUGGUCAUUUGGGACUGUACAUACCUGUAAUUAAUAGUACCCUCUGCUAUCUAGCAUUCUAAAUAAAAAAUAAUAAUAAAAAAGGGAGGGAAGGGGGGUGGAGAAAACCUCAAAAGCAUUUUAUGACACAAUCAUGUGGGUCACUCAAUAAUUUAAGCAGCAAACUGAACUGUACAAAAACAAAACAGCUUUGUCAUUUAUUUUUCUUGUAACUUUACGUAAUACUGGUAUUACAAAAAUAUAGAUUAGGCUUAAAGGAAUGUUUUGUGUUCACUAAAAGGUAAGUUCAAUCAGCACCCAUGUCAUGCUCUUAAUUAUCAGAGAAACCUGAGUUUGACUCGUACCUCAGUUUUUUUUAAUUACAAUAAUGUUAUACAGUAUAGAGAGUACAGUAAUUCAUUCACAAUGGAAGUCUGUUGGGCAAAAUACUGCACUGGGAUAAACAUUAAAGGAAUAUCCGGGGUUGAAUACUAGUUAAGCCUAAUUGGCAGUAUUUUUGGCAUAAUGUUAAUUACCUAAAAAUAUUAUUUUGACUAUAUCUGGGUUACAGUGAGGCACUUACAAUAAAAGUGAAUGAGGCCAAUAGUUAAAAUACCCGUUGUUUCAAAAUUCUAGCCACAAGAAAUAAGCAAUAUGUGUGUUAACAUAAUAACAUUUCUGCAAAAAUUGAUAUCCAAUUUUACAACUUUGUUGCAUGAUGUUGCAUGCCAGCUUCAGAUUAAACCCUCAACAGAGAGGGAGAACGUUGGAGAGAACAUGGUCAUGUCAACACCAGGACUCAAUGUGAAAGAGCUGUAAACUCUGUAAAUGAUUUAAACAACUUUAUAGCUCCAAUAAUACAAGAGUUUUCAACCUUUAAGCUCUUCGAGAAAAAGAUUAUUAUCAAAAUAUUAAUAACUACAGUCUUGACCAACACGAUAUAUGUAUUGUUUAAACUUAAAAGCUGUACUAUACAAUGCAUGUUGACACUCUGAAAUAUGCAGACAUAUCAAAAGUGUUCUGUUUUGAUAAUUCAUUAAGAAUUCUACCCGGUAUAGAGUAUAUUAUUGCAAUCUGUAAAAACACAAUACUGAUCAAAUAGCCAUGUGUCAUAUAUUGUUGGAAAGCUCUCACAGAGUAGAAUACAACCAGCCUUUUUGUUUUACUCAUAGAAAACAAACUGCAACAAUAGCUAAGUACAUGUCUUAGAUAUACAUGUUACAUGUAAACAGGUGUUGCUUAUAAGCCGUGCUUUCAAUUAUAAAUUCACAGAACAUAUUUUAUGUUCUGUUCAUUUAAAAAAAUAAACAGAACAUAAAAUAUUACACACCAUUACUUAGAGGAGGGGAUUCCCAUUUAAUCAAGCCAUCACAUCAUAAGAUAAUCCACUCAGAGCAGAAUGUGUACACAGCACAUAAAGUGCUAUCUGGCUAAAAACACAUUAGCUUUCCUGGAUUCGAUGAUUUCAUCUGAAAAUAUGAAGUAAGUUGUCCAGAAUCAUGGAACGCUAAACCAAUCGUAUUAUGAUUCAGAUCGCGGCAAACAAAGGUGGAAGUCAUCCAAAUAUGGCCAGAGAGGAUUGUUCACUCUAAUUACAUCACCAGGAGAUGGUGCAAAGUACAUGACACUGACUCAAUGAUGGCUCAAAUGACACAGAAUGGAACUGAAUGAGAUCUCGUUCCGCAUGCCUACAUGCUUUGGAGAGAAAACAUACCUAUAGGCAUUGCUGUAUUUGCAUGUGCAAUUUGUACUUAAGUACAAUUAUUAUGUUUAAUUUGUUUAGAGACUAGAUUUGUAAUACUAUAACUUUUGAUUGUUUUGUUGUAUCAUCACAAAUUUUUAAUCAGUUACAGGUGACAUGACUGGGAGCAAAGCUAAAGCAGUUUUUCCAGAGCUUCCUUGUUUAAACCCAAGAUAUAUAAUGUCAAAUCAGAAAAAUAAGGGAAAAAAGUCCAUUUUUGGUAUUUUUAAAUUUUUUUUGCCAUUUCUUAGGAUGAGAGUCUCAUCAUUUAUCAUAAGCUAUUUCAUUUUUAUUAUUAUUAUUUCUUUAAAAUGAUACCAAACAAUUUACUUUCUAAGCCUUUAAUUUUUGGGCAUGCUUUAAAAACACCUUCAGAGCUUAAAGGGUUGCCAGAGUUUUAUAAAAUUAUAACCAUCAAAAAAUUGUCCCUAUUCACUCUAACACUGACUUUAGCUUCUUCCUUUUAGGUGGAAGAGACAAAAAAAAUUGUGUGUGUGUGUGUUAAUCAACAUUAUGCCACAAAUGCUGUCAACUGUGCUCAACUUGUACUUAACCCGGAAUAUUCCUUUAAUACAUUUUCAAAGUAUAGCCAUACAAAUUAUAUGUUAACAUGAAUCAACAAAUAUAUGCAGUAAUGAAACCCUCCAAAACACCUUGCCCCUAUAGACUGAAUUAUUGUCUGUGGUAAUCAUUAGCAUGCCACAGAUGCUGUUGGUAGAGAUUAACUUGUUUUGAACCUGGUACAUUCCUUUAAUAAGGAUAUAAUCACAGGGAUGUUUGCUGAUGCAAAGGAGAAAGGUAGAUGUGUAUCUAAAUAUUUCAAUGUGAAAAUUGUCUCAGAUUCUUGUCUCUAUGUACUCAAAAGUAUGCGUUCAUUUCCAAGUUUGUAUAUAUCAAAGUCUCAUAAUUGCAUCUUAAUUAUUUUUAAGUCGAAACUUGCUUACCUGCCCCUUAUGAAUGAGAAUAACUUAUGGGAAAUUAAAACACCUAUUUACGUUGGUAAAUACUAUAUAGCAGAUUAAAACCCAGAGACAGGUGCUAAAAUGUAAUUGUUUAUAUUCAGAGUGUAAUAAUUCAAACACCUUGUGUUUCUAUUUUUAGAUUAGGUCCACAAGAUUAAGGAAAAGCAAGUGAAAUUGGGCUCAGUUGCAUUUUAUACUGAUCAUGUCAAUGCUAUAUAACUGAAGAUAUAAAGAAGUCUGUUCAAGUUCUUUUACAGAUUGUAAAGUAGGCUAGCUAUUGUAUUUGUAAAAUAUAACUACCUCUGAUCUAGCAUGCUAUACUUUUUUUCAUCCUGAUUGAUUUAUUUCUAUUCUUUUUUAUAUUAAAUGUAUAUUAAAAUUAAAUUUUUAUAUUGGAAUUUUAAAGAUCUUUGUACAACAGACACACUGCUCUGGAUGUAAAUAUUUUCAUA